AUGGCUGGCCAGUCCAAGCUCUCCUUACUACGAGGUCGGUCCUUCAGCACCGUCAUCUCGGACCUGACACGCGUAUACCUCGACAACCGCUCCCGCAUCUCCCGCGCCGUCUGGGCCACCCUCCUCAUCGCCCUGGUCGGUCGCAUCCGCAACGCCGUGUCCGAGCAGAAGGCCGCCUCGUCGAGAGAGGCUUCCCGGCGCGAUGCCGCGCCGACAGACCCCGCCAAGGCCUCACCCGACUCGCCUCGCAAGAAGGUCGAGCUCAACCGCGAUUUCUUCCGCUCCCUGAUCCGCCUCAUGAGCAUCGUCGUGCCCGGCUGGAAGAGCAAGGAGGCCAGGCUGCUCGUCAGCCAUAGCUUCUUCCUCAUCCUGCGCACCCUCAUCAGCGUCCGCGUCGCCGAGAUGGACGGCGCCAUCGUCAAGGCCCUCGUCAGGGGGAAGGGGAAGGAAUCCCGUCUCACCCAGCACAUCCACGACAAGUACCUAGACAACCUCACCUUUUACGGCCUGUCAGCCCUCGACGACCGCAUAAAGAACCCCGAUCAGCUCAUUGCAGUCGACGUCUCCAAGUUUUCCAACAGCAUGGCUGAGCUAUACAGCAAUCUUGCCAAGCCCCUGCUGGACAUGAGCCGAGAUGAUGAGGGUGGUGAGAGGGCUAACCGCUUCACCCCAACAUGCCAGACCAUAUAUACAUACUCCCUAUCCAAGAGCGUCGGUGGCGAGGGCGUCGUCUUCAUGUCGCUCCUGGUCCAGCUAUCAGCCAACGUGAUGCGGGCGCUGACCCCGCCCUUUGGCCGCUUCGUGGCCGACGAGGCCAGGCUGGAGGGCGAGUUCCGCUUCCAGCACUCGCGCCUGAUCGACCACAGCGAGGAGGUGGCCCUGUAUGCCGGCCACGACGUCGAGAGGGACAGCCUCGACAAGGGCUACUUCACCCUCAUCAAGCACGUCAACUACAUACUCCGCCGCCGCUUCUACCACGGCUUCAUGGAGGACUUCGUCAUCAAGUACCUCUGGGGCGCCCUGGGCCUCAUCCUCUGCAGCUUCCCUGUCUUCUUCAAGCUCCCGGGCCACGUCGCAGUCAACAUGGGCGACCGCACCGAGUCCUUCAUCACCAACCGCCGCAUGCUCCUCUCCGCCUCGGACGCCUUUGGACGCGUCAUGUUCUCGUACCGCGAGAUCAUGGAGCUGGCCGGGUACACGUCGCGCGUCGCGUCCCUGCUCGACGUCAUGGACGACAUCCAGGCUGGCCGAUUCGAGAAGAAGCUCGUGUCCGCCUCCGGGACCGAGAACAAUGAGGCCGUUCUCAAGGGUCGAGGUAUCGUCCACGAGAGUCAGGAUAUCACUUUUAUCGACGUCCCCAUCAUCUCCCCCAACGGCGACAUCCUCGUCAAGGCUCUGUCCUUCUCCCUCAAGCACGGCGACCACCUGCUGAUCGUCGGCCCGAACGGGUGCGGCAAGUCGUCGCUGUUCCGCAUCCUGGGCGGCCUGUGGCCGGUGUACGGCGGCACGGUGCAUAAGCCCCCCUUCAGCGCCAUCUUCUACAUCCCGCAGCGGCCGUACCUGUCGCGCGGCUCCCUCCGCCAGCAGAUCAUCUACCCGGACUCCCUCCGCCAGAUGCGCGCCCGGGCCGUGUCGGACGCCGACCUCCUAUCCAUGCUGGCCGUCCUCGGCCUGGACCACCUCCCCAACCAGUACGAGGGCGGGUGGGACGCCGAGGCCGAGUGGCGCGACGUCCUCUCGGCCGGCCUGCAGCAGCGCGUCGCCAUGGCCCGCCUCUUCUACCACCGUCCCCGCUACGCCAUCCUCGACGAGUGCACCAGCAGCGUCACCCUCGACACCGAGAAGGCCAUGUACGACCAGGCAAAGGCCCUAGGCAUCACCCUCAUGACUGUCAGCCACCGCCGCAGCCUGUGGAAGUACCACUCCCACAUCCUCCAGUUCGACGGUCAGGGCCACUACAUCUUCACCAGACUCGACGCCGAGAGGAGGCUCAGGCUCGAGGACGAGAAGGAGGACCUCGACGUCAAGUUGAGGCAGGUCCCUGAGCUGCAGAGGCGUAUGGUCGAGUUGCAAGGUUCUACUUAG